AAGAUUUCGAAACAACAACUCACAGUGUGAAUUUAACGCUUCUUGUUUCAAUGAUUACAAUGUCCAAUAGAUUGUGAAUUAAUUGCAUGUUGUUGUUGUAUUCAAUAGAUAAAAAAAACAUCUUGUAAAAUUUAUCUUCGACAUUUGUACACAUUACUUUACGCUACAUUACAUUACAUUACAAAUAGUAUGGAUGAUUCUGAAUUUUCUGAUGAUUUUGAACGUUUCUGUCAAAUUGCUCAACGUUCACCAAGAGAUAGUCUAGCACCGACUAUACAAAUUACCGAACCAUCAUAUCAUGGAAUUAAUCAUAUGUCACCAAUCGCUAAUCAAUCUGAAUAUCUAUCCACAAUGAAUGUUGAGUCAUUAAAACGUGCUUCAAGUUUUCGUGAACCAAAACGAAGAACAUCAUUUCAACCGAGUAGUUUUAGUGGAGAGAUUAGUGCAACUCGAUCCCCUAAUAGAUUUAGUCCACAAUGGGAUAAUCCGAAGGAGUUGACUCAAUUCACUUAUGGUUCAAACUCACGACAAAAACAAUCACGUCCUCGUUAUUUGAAUGAAAAACCAAUUGAUCCGAAUGUUUUACACGCUACCGAUACACAAAGAUAUUGGCCAAGUCAAGAUACAAGUCAUGAAUCGUCAAGUACAGCUUAUUCAUAUUCUCCUGUCAUGUAUCGACUUGGUACUACUACUACUACUACUACUACUACACGUGAUCGACCUGGAUCUAUGAAAGAAACUAGUUAUAAACGGACAAGAAGUCAAGAAAAGCAUAAAUCACGUCCAUCCGCACCAACAUUACAUCCAACUAAUCUACAAUUUUCACAAUAUUAUUCACCUAGUCGUCAUUCCAUCGCACAAACCGAUGAACAAAUGUUACGUGUUCGACGUUUUGAACGAAAUAAACACGGUGAUGUUGUAAGUAAAGGUGAUCGUGAUAUACCACAAAUUGAAAUAUUCACCUCAAGAAGUCCAUCAGGUGAUUCUCGUGGAUCCGCCGUAGUCUAUCCACGAUCAAUACCGGAAAGUAGUCAACACUUGUCAGAAUCAUCACUAAGUGAUGAAGUCAUUGAAAUUCCAGCAAUCACUACAACAUUGACUAGUACUAGUUCACCAAGAGCUUCAAAUGAUGGUCUACAUAAACAUUAUGCUAAACGUGCAAGUAGUCCAGUUAGAGGAUUUAUACCAGAGACACGGUUACGUUCAAAAUCAUGGGCAAUUGUAACAGAAGACAGUUCAAAUAAUUCACCGAAUCAAUUAGAUUCACCGACCGGUGGUGAACUCAUUCUGGAUGAUCGUCUUUUGCAAGUUCAAGUGAUUGGUACAGCUCGAGUUGGUAAAACAAGUAUGUGUAUGCAAUUUCAUACAUCCGAAUCUAUUGAAGAUCCAACUGAUUCAAUUCAUGAUGAUGAACAGUUGAAUCCGGUAAGAGUUGAAAUUAACAAUUUAAAAGCAAGUCUUUUAUUUAUGGAAACUGAUAUAAACAUGGAAGAUACAGAUGAUGAAUUGAAUUCUGUGAUUAUUGAUACAGCCGAUGCUUAUCUGGUUAUCUACGCUGUGGAUGAUCGUAGUUCAUUUUAUGCAGCAAGAAAAAUUAUUGGCUUAUUAUUAAGUCAAUGUAAACGUUCCAGUGCUAUUAUACUGGCAGCGAAUAAAUCUGACUUAGUAAGAACACGUGUUGUAUCAAGUGAAGAUGGAAAAAAUCUAGCACAAAUUUAUUCAUGUAGUUUUUAUGAAAUUUCUACAUCCAUUAAUCAUCGUGUUGAUGAUUUACUCGUUGGUAUAUUGAUCGCUAUCAAAGAACAACAAAAAACUGUUCAACGUGAACGUGCACGACUUGAUCGUAUGGUAAUGACUACAUCACAACGUAAAGGAUCGAAUAAUUCACCGAAACAUAAGAAUUCCAUUACGGCAUUAAAAACACCAGCGAGUAAUGUGGUGAAAUUUUUUCGAAAACAUUUUAAAACACGUAAACAUGAACAAAGUUUAGUGUAGAAAUCAUCAGCAUCAAAUAAUCUUUAUAUAUAUAUAUAUAAAUAUAAAUAUAUUUAAAUAUCCGUGUGUGUACAGUAAAUAGAAAAAAACAUACAUAUCUAUUGAUCAUUGAACAAAAGUUAAUUUAUGAUUGGUUGGUUGACCGCUUUAGAACGCGGUUCAAUUUAAAAUUGACCAUUUGCGGUUCGUUUUUUUGUUUGUCAAUUUUUUUCUGCUGAAUUUUGUGCACGUUAAUUGAGAUGCAGAAAUGAAUGCACAGAAAAAUUUCUAAAUUCAUUUAUUAUUUAAUUUAAUCUAAAAUAACACUUCAGAUUAAUUUAUGGUUUUUGAGUAUUCCACUUCAAAAGGUAUCUCUGACCAAAAAAAAAGAGAUUAACAGUACUUCUAACUAUCUAUCUAUCUA